AAGCGGAAACCCGCCGGCCAUGGAGGCAGGCCUCGGCGGCCGAGCCGACAAGGUCCCCUCUGACUGCGCCGCACCAUGCGCCUCAGCCUCUUCCGGCGCCUUCUCCUGGCCGCCCUGCUGCUCGUGAUUGUCUGGACGCUCUUUGGGCCCUCGGGCAUCGGGGAGGAGCUGCUGAGCAUCUCGCUAGCCUCCCUGCUCCCAGGCCCGGCCUCGCCCGGGCCGCCCCUGACCCUGCCCCGCCUCCUGAUCCCCAACGAGGAGGCGUGCGGCGGUCCCGGCCCCCCGCCCUUCCUGCUAAUCCUGGUGUGCACGGCCCCGGAUAACCUGAACCAGAGAAACGCCAUUCGGGCCUCGUGGGGCCGGCUGCGCGAGGCCCGAGGGCUCAGGGUGCAGACUGUCUUUCUGCUGGGAGAACCCAGCUGGGGCUCGCGCGGGAACGACCUGGCGCGGGAGUCAGCGGCCCAGGGGGACAUAAUGCAGGCGGCUUUCCAGGAUUCCUACCGCAACCUCACUCUCAAGACCCUCAGCGGGCUGAACUGGGCCGACAAACACUGCCCCGUGGCCCGCUACAUCCUCAAGACUGAUGAUGAUGUGUUCGUCAAUGUCCCCGAACUGGUAUCAGAGCUGGUCCGGCGAGGAGGCCGCUGGGAGCAAUGGGAAAGGGGCAUGGGGCCCCCGAGAAAGGCGAAAGUUGGAGAUGAAAAGUGGGAAGGAGGCCCCACCUUGGCGAGCCAGCCUGUGCCUCUCUUGUACCUGGGUCGUGUGCAUUGGCGGGUGCACCCCUCUCGGACACCAGGGGGCAAGCACCAGAUAUCAGAGAAACAGUGGCCUCCCACCUGGGGCCCCUUUCCCCCCUAUGCCUCAGGCACGGGGUAUGUGCUAUCGGCUUCUGCUGUGCAGCUCAUACUGAAGGUAGCCAGCCGGGCACCCCUUCUGCCACUGGAGGAUGUCUUUGUGGGGUUAAGUGCCCGACGAGGAGGCCUCGCCCCAACCCACUGUGUCAAGCUGGCUGGUGCCACCCACUACCCCCUGGAUCGGUGCUGCUAUGGGAAAUUCCUGCUGACAUCCCACAAGCUGGACCCCUGGGAGAUGCAGGAAGCCUGGAAGCUGGUGGGUGGCUCUGACGGGGAAAGAACUGUACCCUUCUGCUCCUGGCUCCAGGGAGUCCUCGGCAUCCUCCGAUGCCGGGUAAUAGCCUGGCUUCACAGCUGAGAGGGCGUGAGCGCCCAGGAGAGGGGUGAGGAGCUGAGAGUCCAACCAGCACCCUCACCACCUUCUCUCUCCCGGGCCCAAGGCAGGGGCUCUAGCUGGCUGCAACUGAUUGGUUGCCCUACACCAGAUGCUCAGUCUGUCACUGAAGGCUGAGGGAUACAGGACACACCUAGGGGGCUGCCUUGCCUGCCAGCCCCAAAGAUGGUCAUCAGGAAGAGCCGCACAUGCUGGGUUGUUCUCUCCAGCCACGGCAGGGGAGGGGCACAAGCCCCUCAAUAAACUUGUCGCUUUUCCUCUUCGA